AUGGCCGAUCUUCAUGGCACCUCAAGAAAUCUCGAGCAGAGCCAUGAAAAACAGUUAGAGUCACUGCUAUUGCAAGGGGUCUACAAACCCGUCUUUCUUUACCAUGUGGUUUUGUUUAACUGCCUCCCAAUCAUCGGCAUGGUCAUACCCCGGCGCCGAGGUACACGCUAUGUUCGUCACUUGAUUUAUGCUAUCAGUCUGGCAUUUGCUUUGGAGAUGCUAAGAGACCACCGGAUUUUGCUUGGCGGCAAUGGAUAUAUGCUUGGCAUCAUGAUUGCAUGGUGGCUGGUGUGGUGCACCACGCUUUUUGUCUUUAUGGAUGUUGAGCGUGACUUCCAGCGUAUUGAAAGAGGAGCUAAACCUGCAGCCGAAGACGAUUCUCCUCCUAACAACACUCAAGAGAAAUCGAAUCAGACAGUGACUAGCGAUCAGUCGAGUCAACCUCUUUUUCACUGGCAGUCUUACCCUCGCAAAUUUUCCCAUCGCCUUGAAUGGUGUGCAGGUCUACUCUUCAACCUGAGAGGUCCUGAAUGGAACUGGCGAGCUCCUCAUCUCGGCCCUCUUCCUCAAUCAGUUCACAAACAGCUGCAAUUGGAGUUUCUCUCGAAUAAGUUUCGUGCAGAAGGCGAUGAUACCUGCAUGACUUCAAAACAGCGUCUCCGGGCUGCCUUCAAAACCUUCCUGCAAUCCUAUCUGCUUCUAGACAUCCUCAAAGUCGUAAUGAUGCGAGACCCUUACUUCCGAGGCACUGCAGAAUGUGACUCAAUGCCUCCAUUCCCACUGUCCUACCUUGCGCCCUUCCCUCUUCUAGUUAAAACCUACCGCUACUUCCUCAGCUGCAUGGGUGUCUACGUUGCACUCAACUUCGCCACCUCACUCAACCCCAUCUGUUUCCUCGGAUUAUCAUUGGCCUUUCCAAAUGCAUCGCGGAAAUUGACAGCUGCCCCGCUGGACGAGGCCUGGCUGUAUGCCGACUCUUUUGGACCCUUCAUUUCACCCGUACUCGACCAUGGACUCGCCGGCUGCUGGGGCCGCUGGUGGCAUCAAAUGUUCCGCCAUGGGUUCAUCGCCACUGCACGAUGGACAUUGACAUGUUUCCCAACCAGGUUGGCUGCCAAUACACAGAUAAAACAAAUUGUCUAUAUUGUCGUUGCAUUCACGAUCAGCGGUCUCAUCCAUGCUUGCGGCAGCUACACCGGAUUCCCAGAGACCAAUCCUUUCUCAGGCCCAUUUUUAUUCUUUUUCAUGCAAAGCAUGGCAAUUAUCAGUGAGCACAUAUUUAAGAAAGUCGUCAUCCCGAAAUUACCUCUUGUUGCCAGCACACCGCGGUGGCUGAGGCGCACUGGGAAUGCCGUCUUCGUUUUCUUCUGGCUGCUGUAUUCGGGGGGCUUUAUUGCGGAUGACUUUGCCCGAGGUGCGUUGUGGUUGAUGGAGCCUGUUCCACUCAGUCCACUUCGUGGUCUUGGGCUUGCAAAUGGGGAAGGCUGGUGGUGCUGGAAAGAACCAUGGUUUCAGCAUUGGAGCGAUGGGACGUAUUGGGGAAGUGGGAUUCGAGUAAUAUAG